AUGCCUCCAAGACGGGCGCAUACCAAGUCGCGCAAUGGCUGUGACCAAUGCAAGCGACGUCGUGUCAAGGUGAGUUAUCUACACCGUCCAUGCGGGUCCUGCAUCAACCACCCCCCAUCUUCCACAGCCCUAUCUUACCCGUCUGACGUCUUCUACUGGAAGACCCUCCCCAAGCUGACGCAACACAGUGCGACGAAAAGGGCCCCCCCCUGCUCGAAUUGUAUUUCACGGGAACUCAGCUGUACCUAUUUAAAAGCCCCGCCACGCGAUGCACCAAGCGCGCGAAGACGCAGUAAUGUGCCAGUCCCAGCCGGAGAAUUGGACAUUCCCCGGGCGUUGGCGCCCAUCAGUCCAGCCUCCACUCCAUCCACCAUCUCCGGAGUGCGGGAUCUCGAGUUGAUGCAUAAAUUUGCCACGGAAACAUUUAGCACCGUGUGUACUUCCGAGUCAAAAUUCCAUGUUUGGCAAAUUGUCAUCCCGCGACUGGCUCUUCAAUAUGAUUUUUUGAUGAACGGCAUUCUGGCUUUUGCUGCGCUACAUAUAGCCACUACAACGGAGUCACCGACCUCUUUGGCUUAUAUUGAUACGGCUUUACAGUAUCAUAAUUUGUCAUUUGCGCCAUUCCGUGCAGCGAUCGAUAAUCUUACCCCGCAGAACUGCGAGGCCGUACUAGCACAGUCGAUCGUCACGACAGUUAUUGGCAUUGCCUUACCACGAGUCACAGCCCCACGUGAUGAAAACUCCAAUAUGAUCGAGAAUAUGCUCGUGGUCUUUGAGCUACUGCAAGGCGUGAAGAAGAUUAUCCAUAUCGGCCGGUCCUGGAUCAAAAUCAAUCUCUAUUCUCGUCAGAGAGACCUUUAUGAUACAAGUCUGCCAGAGCUUGACACCGACGCAUCGGCUGCCUUUGAUCGACUCGCCAUGUUGAACGAAGAAACAGUGGCUGGUAUGGAUCCGCAACAAUACCUUGUUAAUAAAGAGGUCAUUGAGCAUCUCCGGACUUGCUACACCUUAUCCGGGGGAGUACUUGCAUGGCUUGCGGCGGUUGAUAAGGAGUUUGUGGAUAACGUGAGGCGCCGACAGCCGUUGGCAUUGGUGAUCCUGAUGCACUGGGGCGUGUUACUAGGGGAGCUGGAUGGCCGGUGGUGGUGGGCACAAAAUUCGGGCAAAUCACUAGUUCUGGAGCUGCUGCGUGUCUUGCAGCCUGCGGAUGCUCAGUGGACUGGGUUCUUGUCGUGGCCUCAACGACGAAUGGGUCUAUGA